AUAAUUUUUUAUUUAACAAUGGUUAAAAUAUGAUAAAAUAAAAUGCUUAGUGCAGAUAUAAAUGAUCAUUUUUUGUUUUAACUUGCUACAUUACUAAUUUACAUGAAUUUUGAUACAUUCAAAUAUAUUACCCCGGUCACCCUAUUAAACGCAGCUGUCAGUUGAAUAAAAAAAAAAGUCAACAACACCCACAAGAAUUCCCAUCAAAAAUCUCUUAUCAGCAUAUUUAAUUGACGACUUUAUUAUUGAUACACGUUGCAGGUGCGUUCAUAAUGCCUCUAGGCCGCAUUCCAUACGAGUCUAGUCAGCAUGAUGACUGUUAACAACCCGUUUCUGUACAUUUGGUCGAAUGCGCAAAUGACGAACCAGGCGUCUCCGGUGGAGGAGCAGGAGAAGCUGCUGGAUGAGGCGCUGAACGUCGUCAAAGUCCAGGCAUUUCAGAUGAAGCGAUGCCUGGACAAGUCGAAGCUAAUGGAUGCGCUGAAGCAUGCAUCCACCAUGCUCGGAGAGCUGCGCACUUCGCUGCUCUCGCCCAAGAGCUACUAUGAGCUCUACAUGGCUAUAACCGAUGAGCUCCGCCACCUCGAGCUGUACCUCCUCGAAGAGUUCCGUCGCGGUCGCAAAGUUGCCGAUCUAUAUGAGCUCGUACAAUACGCUGGCAACAUCGUGCCGCGGUUAUACUUGCUUAUUACUGUGGGUCUAGUAUACAUCAAUACGAAUACUAGUCUUCGACGUGAUCUGCUUAAGGAUCUGGUAGAGAUGUGCCGCGGCGUGCAGCACCCGCUGCGCGGGUUGUUCCUCCGCAACUACCUGCUGCAGUGCACCCGCAACGUGCUGCCGGACUCACACGAGCCUGAGAACGAGAAUGAGGGCACUGUUCGUGAUGCGAUCGACUUCAUCCUGAUGAACUUCGCGGAGAUGAACAAACUGUGGGUCCGUAUGCAGCAUCAGGGGCAUUCGAGGGACAAGGAGCGGCGUGAGCGCGAGCGCUCCGAGUUGCGGAUUCUCGUCGGAACUAAUUUAGUGCGGCUCAGCCAGCUCGAGUGCGUCACGGUGGCCGAGUACAAGCGCUGCGUGCUGCCCGCCAUCCUGGAGCAAGUCGUGUCCUGCAGGGACGCCAUCGCGCAGGAAUACCUACAAGAAUGUUGUAUACAGGUUUUUCCGGACGAGUUCCACCUGGCGACUCUCCAGCCGUUCCUGAAGUCCUGUGCCGAGUUGCAGCCAGGAGUCAACAUCAAAAACAUCAUCACAGCCCUUAUUGAGCGCUUGCAGCAUUAUAGCCAGCGGAGCGAGAACGGAGUGAACUUCGUGGUGACGGAGGACGGGCAGGAGCAGCAGGUGCAGCUGUUCGAGGUGUUCUCCGACCAGGUGGCCGCCAUCACGCAGAGCCGCACGGACAUGCCUCCAGAGGACACGUUAAGUCUCCAACUGGCACUGCUGAAGCUCGCUCAGCGCUGCCACCCGGACCGGCUCAACUACGUCGACAAAGUUCUGGCACAUACGGAUACCAUCUGCAAAGACAUUUUACAAAACAGCGGCAAAACGCACAUGGAACAGAACACCCCAGUGUUCAAAGAGCUGAUGAAGAUCCUGAAGCUGCCCGGCGAGCAGUACAAGGACGUGCUGACCCUCACCAAGCUGCAGCACUACCGGCCGCUCAUCGCGCACCUGCCGCACGCGGGCCGCGCCAGUCUGGCGGCGCACCUGGCCUCGCUGCUCAUUGAUGCUGGGACCAUCGUGUCCACACCUGAAGACGUAAGUACGAGGAUCCUGCAGCUGCCCGGCGAGCAGCACAAGGACGUGCUGACCCUCACCAAGCUGCAGCACUACCGGCCGCUCAUCGCGCACCUGCCGCACGCGGGCCGCGCCAGUCUGGCGGCGCACCUGGCCUCGCUGCUCAUUGAUGCUGGGACCAUCGUGUCCACACCUGAAGACGUAAGUACGAGGAUCCUGCAGCUGCCCGGCGAGCAGUACAAGGACGUGCUGACCCUCACCAAGCUGCAGCACUACCGGCCGCUCAUCGCGCACCUGCCGCACGCGGGCCGCGCCAGUCUGGCGGCGCACCUGGCCUCGCUGCUCAUUGAUGCUGGGACCAUCGUGUCCACACCUGAAGACGUAAGUACGAGGAUCCUGCAGCUGCCCGGCGAGCAGUACAAGGACGUGCUGACCCUCACCAAGCUGCAGCACUACCGGCCGCUCAUCGCGCACCUGCCGCACGCGGGCCGCGCCAGUCUGGCGGCGCACCUGGCCUCGCUGCUCAUUGAUGCUGGGACCAUCGUGUCCACACCUGAAGACGUGGAGUCCGUGUUGUCCAUGUUGGACGUGCUGGUCCACGACCAGCCCGACCAGCCCGCCAACCCGGACCCGGAUGAUUUUGCCGAGGAACAGUGGCUCCUAGCGAGGUUGAUCCACCAGUUCAAGUCGCCGGGCGCGGACCAGCAGUACCUGAUCCUGAGCGCGAGCCGCCGCGCGCUGCAGGGCGGCGGCGCGGCGCGGCUCCAGCACACCUUCCCGCCGCUGCUGUUCCACGCGUACAGACUGGCUGAGCAGUACAAAGACGAGAAAGAUCAGGACGAGAUGUGGGAGAAGAAGUGUCAAAAGAUCUUCCAGUUCUGCCACCAGAGCAUCAGCAUGUUGGUGAAGGCCGAGCUGGCGGAGUUGCCUCUGCGGUUGUACCUACAAGGAGCUCUAGCGAUCAGCGAGAUAGGCUUCGCGAAUCACGAAACGCUCGCCUACGAGUUCAUCGCGCAGGCUUUCUCUCUCUACGAGGACGAGAUCCCGGACUCCCGGGCGCAGCUACAGGCUUUAACGUUACUCAUUGCCACGGCUGAACAGGCCCGCUGCUUAGGCGCGGAGAGCAUGGAGCCGCUGCGCUCGUCGUGCGCGCUGGCGGCCGGCAAGCUGCUCAAGAAGCCCGACCAGGCGCGCGCCGCCGCGCUGUGCGCGCACCUCUACUGGAAGAGGGACAAGGACGGCGGCCCGGUGGGUAUACUACAUGUCCCCCCCCCCAGGCGCGGAGAGCAUGGAGCCGCUGCGCUCGUCGUGCGCGCUGGCGGCCGGCAAGCUGCUCAAGAAGCCCGACCAGGCGCGCGCCGCCGCGCUGUGCGCGCACCUCUACUGGAAGAGGGACAAGGACGGCGGCCCGGUGGGUAUACUACAUGUCCCCCCCCCCAGGCGCGGAGAGCAUGGAGCCGCUGCGCUCGUCGUGCGCGCUGGCGGCCGGCAAGCUGCUCAAGAAGCCCGACCAGGCGCGCGCCGCCGCGCUGUGCGCGCACCUCUACUGGAAGAGGGACAAGGACGGCGGCCCGGUGGGUAUACUACAUGUCCCCCCCCCCCAGGCGCGGAGAGCAUGGAGCCGCUGCGCUCGUCGUGCGCGCUGGCGGCCGGCAAGCUGCUCAAGAAGCCCGACCAGGCGCGCGCCGCCGCGCUGUGCGCGCACCUCUACUGGAAGAGGGACAAGGACGGCGGCCCGGUGGGUAUACUACAUGUCCCCCCCCCCAGGCGCGGAGAGCAUGGAGCCGCUGCGCUCGUCGUGCGCGCUGGCGGCCGGCAAGCUGCUCAAGAAGCCCGACCAGGCGCGCGCCGCCGCGCUGUGCGCGCACCUCUACUGGAAGAGGGACAAGGACGGCGGCCCGGUGGGUAUACUACAUGUCCCCCCCCCCAGGCGCGGAGAGCAUGGAGCCGCUGCGCUCGUCGUGCGCGCUGGCGGCCGGCAAGCUGCUCAAGAAGCCCGACCAGGCGCGCGCCGCCGCGCUGUGCGCGCACCUCUACUGGAAGAGGGACAAGGACGGCGGCCCGGUGGGUAUACUACAUGUCCCCCCCCCCAGGCGCGGAGAGCAUGGAGCCGCUGCGCUCGUCGUGCGCGCUGGCGGCCGGCAAGCUGCUCAAGAAGCCCGACCAGGCGCGCGCCGCCGCGCUGUGCGCGCACCUCUACUGGAAGAGGGACAAGGACGGCGGCCCGGUGGGUAUACUACAUGUCCCCCCCCCCAGGCGCGGAGAGCAUGGAGCCGCUGCGCUCGUCGUGCGCGCUGGCGGCCGGCAAGCUGCUCAAGAAGCCCGACCAGGCGCGCGCCGCCGCGCUGUGCGCGCACCUCUACUGGAAGAGGGACAAGGACGGCGGCCCGGUGGGUAUACUACAUGUCCCCCCCCCCAGGCGCGGAGAGCAUGGAGCCGCUGCGCUCGUCGUGCGCGCUGGCGGCCGGCAAGCUGCUCAAGAAGCCCGACCAGGCGCGCGCCGCCGCGCUGUGCGCGCACCUCUACUGGAAGAGGGACAAGGACGGCGGCCCGUGGGCGCUGAGCGACGCGGCGCGCGCGCUGGAGUGCCUGCGCAAGGCGGCGCGCGUGGCCGCGCAGUGCAUGGACGGCGCCGUGCAGGCGCAGCUGCUCGCCGAGCUGCUGGGCCGGUACGCGCUGCUCAGGACCCGGAGGCAUCCCGGCCUCACCCCGCAACUCAUACAUACGGUGAUCGCGAAGAUUCGCGAAGAACUAGGCAACGUGGAGGCGAGUGAGGAGGCCGAGCAGAUAGCGAGGCACUUCCACAACACGCUGCGGCACCUGCGGCGCUCGGCCCCCGACUUGCCGGCCUUGGACGACGCGCUCUUACAGUAGACAGAAACAUAGAGAUACGAGCUAGCGGCCGAGCAAGAAGCGAGGUCGUCACAACACGCUGCGAUAUACCCAAUAUUCUACGUUCUUACAGGAUCCUUUCCACAUUACAAAAGUUAAUAAUUUAUGAUUUUAACAUGCCUGUAAAUAAACAUAAAGUACGAAAAAUUUGGCUUUGAAGUCCGUUAACGAUAUGAUACACCGGUAACUCGUUUUUGACCCACACAGUAGACAGAUAUUUAUUUUAGACCCAGACAGUGGGAUGAGCUAGCGGCCGAGCAGAGCGAGACCCUUAGACAACACGCUGCGACAUCCAUAAACUGCGUCCUGCUUAUUUUUCACGCAAAGCAACAUAUUUAUCCUACUUUCGUAACCAACGUCGACAUGAGCUUUUCAUUUUACAUUGUCAUUAAAAAAUAUCUAAUUAUGUAUAUAGAAAUAUGUCAAUAUUAAUUAAUUUAAUAAACUAAAUGGUGGAAAUGACACCAGUCACCCUGCCCAUCGAGUUUGAAAAUACUGGGGAAGCCCAACUGGGGAAGUACCUCCACCUUACAGAAAACCGCAGCCAAAUAACACUAGACCCUACUCAUAGUGUUGUGUUCCUGCCGGUGAGUAAGGUUGCCAGAGCUCAACAAGGGGGAGGGGGGUUUAGGGGCAACGCGCAUGUAACUCCUCUGGAGUUGCAGGCGUACAUAGGCUACGGAGACUGCUUACCAUCAGGCGGGCCGUAUGCUUGCCACCGACAUAGUAUAAAAAAUAAAAAAAUCUAAUUAUGUAUAUAGAAAUAUGUCAAUAUUAAUUAAUUAAAUAAACUAUACAUUUUAUAAAAUGCUUUGAUUGUUGACGAUCAAGUUAUUAUUAAACAGUAUUUUGGAAGAUUAUUAUUAUUAUGUAUGCGUAUGCCCAAGAUUUCUGGUUGCUUUUGAUUAUAUUUUCUAGGUAUUCUAGAAAAUCUAAUGGGAAAUAUCAAAAACUGGUCAGGGCAUACCUCGCCUUAAGAUGUAGCUGACUAAAAUAGGCCAAUGCGUUUGGCAAAGUUUAGGCGGUUCACACACUGAGCGGACCGACAGAUUUAGCAAUGUAUGCUCCAUUAGUUUGUCAAUAAUUUAAUUUUGUUAAACACACUGGGGACAUGGCGUGCGGGACAGGAUGUCGCUCCGCCCGCCGUGUCAGAUUGCGUUCUCAAUGUGUGAAUAGCCUUAGAUCUGUAGCUGGUUUGAGAGAAAAUAUUAGUCUAUAUUAUUCAGUUUUCCUUGGCAUGGAUAACAUCGACUAAUAUUUUAUAAGAAUAAGCAUUUGACCUGUAAUUAAUAUUAUUACGUUAGAAAUAUAUGUAAAUGGUUUUGUAAAAGCAAUAUUGUAAUGUUAAUGGAAUAAACACAAUUUAUUUAAAAAA